AACGAAGCAAGGCUUGAGCGCUUCGAGCGAUAUAUCCGAAGGAGAGGGGGAAGAUGUCUCGAAGGGGAGAAUAUGGCGAACGGUCAGCACUGCCACUCUGAGUGCUCGAGCAGAUCAGCACUGACACUCUCUGGCUUGCUUCUCCGUCGACGCCUCCGCUGUCCGAUCUGCAAAUCAUCAUCUGCAACAUGUCUUGGAUCACCGCGCCCUAUGCCAAUCACAAUCUCAGUAACGGAGAUCAUCAUUUUCCAACACGUCCAGUCGACAAGGAAAAGGUGCAUCACAUCCCUCGCCAGGGACGAGACAGAGCUGAAUGUGCGAGCGGAACAAAGGCCGAAGCGGAACUGUCACUGAACAUCAAGAAGGCCUGCUCGCCCGAAGAGACUGCUCCCAAAGCCAAGCAUGUCCGAAAGUGCAUCGUAUACACCUGGGACUAUCAUUCGUCGCAGUCCAUCUGGACUGGCCUGCGAGUCCAGCCUAUCCUGUCAGACGAGAUACAGACCUUCAAAGCACUCAUCGUCGUCCAUAAAGUGCUGCAAGAAGGUCAUGCUUGCGCGAUCAAAGAAGGACAGGCGCAAACGGGCUGGCUCGAGACGUGCGCGAGGACCGUAGGCAAUGAUGGCGCGAGAGGCUAUGGCUCACUCAUUCGGGCUUACGUCACACUCAUCCUGCACAAGCUCAAAUUCCACAAGAACCAUCGCGAAUUCAACGGCUUGUUCGAGUACGAGGAAUACAUCUCCCUCAAAAACAUCGACGAUCCCAAUGAAGGGUUUGAGACGAUAUCGGAUCUGAUGAACCUACAAGACACCAUCGACUCUUUCCAGAAACUCAUUUACGCUCAUUUCAGAGGCUCGACCAACAACGAGUGUCGAAUCUCCGCACUCGUUCCUCAAGUCAAAGAGAGUUACGGCAUCUACCGCUUCAUCACAAGCAUGUUACGCGCCAUGCACAGACGCACGGAUGCAGCAGAUGCACUCGCCGGGCUAGUCGAUCGGUACAAUGCUCAACAUCGCAACCUGCGCAAGUUCUAUUACGAAUGUGCCAAUCUCAAAUAUCUCACUGGUCUGAUCAAUGUCCCAAAGCUGCCUCACGAUCCACCCAAUCUGCUCGAUAGCGGCGACGCGCCCGAUCUUCCUCGACGGCCGCAAGCAGCCCAAACACCCAGACCACAGACGCCUAAAGAUGACGUAGACGAACAAGCUCGCAUGCUCAAAGAGUUUGAAGACAAGAAGCGAGAGCAAGAGCGUCUGCAGCGUCAGAGGGAGGAGGAAGCUGCCAGGCUUGCUGCCAUGCAAUCUCAGCAGCAACGCGACUUUGAAGAGCAGAAACGAUUGCAAGCCGAAAGAGAACGGAAAGCGCAGGAAGACUUGCUCAACAAUCAGUACAGCAAUCAAGCUGCUGGACGUGCGGCAGAGCUUGAGAGAGAGAUUCUUGCGAUGCGUGGACAAUACGAGCGGGAUCAGAUGAUGCUCGAACAGUACGACAGGAGAGUCAAAGCGCUCGAGAUGGAGCUCGCCACAAUCGGACAGAAUGUGCAGGCCCAGCUCAUGGGCAAAGACGACAUGCUCAGAUCACUGCAAGAUCAAGUCACGCUCUGGAAGAACAAGUACGAGGCUCUCGCGAAGCUCUACUCUCAGCUUCGAACGGAGCAUCUCGACAUGCUCUCGCGCUACAAGCAGAUGCAACUCAAAGCGAAUUCUGCACAGGAAGCGAUUGACAAGAUGGAGAGGAUGGAGCGAGAUCACAAAUCUAAGAACCUCGAGUUGGCCGAUAUGAUCAAGGAAAGAGAUCGAGCGAGAUUCGAUUCUGAUAGAAUGAAGUCAGGUCACAAGGACGAAUUGGAACGAUUACGACGCGAUUUGCGCUUCGCCGAGGAGCGCGCUGACGAUGCUACGCGCAACAAGAGCUCAGAGACCAAGAGCUUAUUGGCCAAAUACAACAGGCAGAUGACGGAGCUCGAAGACUCUCUACAAGCCAAGCAAGAUGAGAUCGAGAGAUUGCUAAAGCAAGUCAACAAUCACGAGACCGAUAUAGCCCGAGUGCGCGCAGAAAAAGACCAAGAGAUCGAGAUUAUGCAGCAUGGUAUGGACGAGACUAUACGGCAGCUCAGCGACGUGCAGAUCACUCAAGGCGCUACGGAUGAGGCUCUCAAUGCGCAGAUCGACAUCAUGGCGCUUGAUCACAAGAAGAGCUUGAAUGCCAUCAUCGAUUCAGUCUUACAAGCCUGUAUAGACAAAGUCGACGACGCUCGCUACGAGAUCGAGAGCCCUAUGCACGCCGGCAAUUCCAAUGCAACGCCCGCAGUCACACUGUCCAUUCUAGAAAAGGCCAUCAUCUCUACACAGGAAUUUGGCGAGGUUUUCAAGAAUCAUAUCGAUCAAGUGCCAGGUGGCGAACAUGUCGAGGUCAUCAAGACUUCCAAUGUCUUUGCUCAAGACAUCGCAGACCUCUUGCUCAACACCAAAGGCAUCACACGGUUGACUGCUCGCGACGAGGAUGCAGACAAGCUCGUCGCCGAGGGAGCGAAGCCAGGCGCCAUCGCUGUCGACUUUUUCAAAGCCUUGCAGUCAUUCCGCUUGGUUGGGACGACAGACAAGCGGGGUCUUGUCGAUAGACUCGAGAACAGCACAGAAAAUGCACUGAACGGUCUGAAUGCGGCGAUAGAUCGCCUGAUACCCAAAGCAGAUCAGAACCUUGCAGGCAUUUCUGUCGAUAGCGCUUUACAGGGAGCGGCCAAUGCUAUCAUGGCAGCUUCUCGCAAGCUACAAGAACUGAUGUCUCGUUCGCGAGAUGGCACGCAAUUCUCUGCAUCAGAGAUCAAAGUCCACGAUGAUAUCCUGGCGGCCGCUCUAGCAAUCACAGCUGCUAUUGCUGAGCUCAUCCGACGAGCUACAGCGUCUCAGAAGGAGAUCGUCGCUCAAGGGCGCGGAUCGAGCUCUGCGCAAGCCUUCUACAAAGCCAAUUCGCGCUGGACAGAGGGUCUCAUCAGCGCCGCGCGAGCAGUAGCAGACUCCACCACAUUGCUCAUUCGGACGUCUGAUGGCUUGAUCCAAGGCACGGCAUCCCUGGAGGAAGUCAUCGUUGCCUCCAACGAAGUGGCGGCUGCAACGGCACAACUCGUCGCCGCUUCUCGCGUCAAGGCAGACUUGCGUUCGCCCACUCAACUCGCGCUCGAGCAAGCUGCACGAGCUGUCACUGACGCAUGUAAGGCGCUCGUCAGGCAAGUCAGAGCUAUCACUGCCGCCCAAGGGCAAGCGCGCGGCCUAGGAAAUCUGACCUCCAUGGAAGAUCACUCCUUCAAGACCCUCUAUUUCAAUACACAAGUUGAUAUCGCGAAACUUGAGCGAGAGAUCGCAGAGAAGAGGCGGCAACUUGGCGAAAUACGUAGAGAGGAUUACCGCCGUGCGCCGCCAGAGAUUUGAGCCGUAUAUGCUCGCCAGUGAUGUAACGAAUGGUACAAUUUGCUUCCUUGCCUUAUAGGAGGGCACCACCUUGCGCAUAGUCGCUCAUUUAGAGUGAGACGUCUUGUCUGUGGCGCACUGUGACAGCAGCAGUCGUCGCCCUCAUCGCAGCGCCCCAGCUGAUAAUGCGAGUCUCGCACCAUGCAGUCAGCGCACUGCAGCAUCCGUGUUGCGUUCCUCAGCUUGCAGAUGCAAUUCGUCAAC